AUGAGGCUGCUCCUGAUCAAGCAAGACGAAAUAUCCAAAAUGGAGGAGGAACUUGAUCGGAUAGAUGCUGAAGAGCAGCGGGAGCUUUUUCUUAGCUGUGUCCGCCGCGACGGUAAUGUGGAGAGAGAAAACAUCCUCCACAGCCUGAAAGCCGCACUUUCUGAAUAUGACUCGAUGAUGAAGGAAUAUCAGCAUGCACUGCAUCUGCCAGCGGCCGAUAGACGAGAUGUGGUCAGCAUGAAGAAUUGGAUCGAGGGCACAGGCUGCAUCCAGAGGAAAGAGUCGCGUUACUUGGAUCUCGAAGAUGAUCUGCUGAACCUUACCGGGACGGUCGACAGUGCAAUUACCCGCAUUGAGACUGUAAUUGAGGAUUGCGCAGUCUGGAUAGCACAUCACAUAUGCAAGAGGAUAGUGGUCCUUCCGGAUGCCAUGAAGCCGGGCCGCCAGAGCUUGACCCAAGAUGAGCAUAUAUUCGUGCUUGGCCCCCGCCUCCAAACCUUCAGCCGCGCCCUCACCGCAUGGCUGGCAACCGUCAUCUUGUUGAUGCCAAUCGUCGUGCUCUUUUGCGUCUCCAGCCCGGUCGUUCGACUGAUCACAAUCAUAUUUGCGGCUGGAUUCUUCCUUUCGGCUCUGUCGAUGUUGACACAUGCGAGGACGGUCGAAAUCUUUACAGCUGGAGCGAGUUAUGCCGCCGUGCUCGUCGUUUUCACAUCUGCAAGUAACGCUUUCCGGCCAGAACGAUACUAG